AUGUGUAGAAAUGCAUGUGAGAUACUGUCCUGUGUGUAUGCGAGCGAGCCAUUGAGUAUGAUACCUGAAUUAGGAUGCAAGUAUCACUGCAAGCAGCGUGUUUAUUUAAAGAAUUGGUGGUAACGAGGGAAUCGGGGAGACAGGAAAAACUCAACACAAAUGUAAUAUUAAUCGCAGCUGCAAUAGAUUACGUUGCACUUCUGUUUCGUUUAUAAGCCCGGAUACAAUACGAUUUAUGUUUUAAAAAUGCUGAAGACUCUAACUGAAAAGCUGAGAAGACACUCUUUAAACGAAAGCCAGCAUUUUCAACUGAAGAUUUCAUACCACGCAAGUGAGGAUGGGGGCGAGAGUGACGAUUUAGAGGGAGAGAACCAGGAGCUGGUGCAGAUUGACAGAGAAAAUAAACAGAAUAGCAGCCGGAGCCCUCUGGCCACCAACCAGCUGCAGAACCAGGAGGCCUUGUCGCUAGCGAGAGUGCAAAAGCUACGGGUUCUGUUUGACCCAGGCCUAGACCGGCACAGCUCAGAAGAAGAGCUGGAGCGAAUCAGCCGUGAGUUCCUUCAGCAGGCCAGCGAGGGCAGGAAGUGGAGCCUGCAGCAGACAGGGCGGGGCGGUCGCCAUGGUGAUGCUAGCGCUUCUUCAAGUGAUGAAGAGGUCAAGGCCCUGUGUGGCCCAGCGGAGCCUGACCCUCACCUAAGUGCCUCCCCCAGCCCUGUGCCCUUCAGUGCCUCCCCACCACACAGACUCACCCCCCUGGUCAGGGAACAAGCCAGGCCUAUUAUCCUGGCUCACUUCGACCAGUCUCCAUCGUAUAAACGACAGCAGGUCCAGGGCAGGCCCAGUCUAGACUUGGAGAAAAUGCAACAGAAAAUGCUGUUUAAGAAAAAUUGUGUCGGGAAAACAAGAAUUAUAAAGAUUCGGAGUAUCAGAGGCAGCUGCCCUCCUCCCAGGUACAUCUACGACCCAUCAUCCUUUGCCUUCCACUCGCUCACCACCUUGAAACCGCAGAGUCCGCUGCUGGCCGCUGAGGAGACACCGUGUGCCUGAUACCCUCCCCUUAGGAACAAACACACCUGGGAACUGCAGUGGGGUCGCAAUUGUGUUUGUUUACUGUGAAAGUCUUCAAAGAAGGAAUGAUGAUACAAGACAAAAGCUUGUUCCUUUUUUAAAUACUGUCUCAGGAAUCUUAAUUACAGGAGCAAGGGAAACAUUCUGUAUGGCUGGAGAAUGAAAGCCAAAGGGCCGUGGAACACAAAGUAGUGCACUAUAUAGCACAGGCACCAUUUUGUUCUCUGGACAAAAGCUUCAAAUUGAUUUCUCUGCCAAGCAGUGCUCAGAAUCAAUCUAGUUAAACACAAUGAAAAGACUAACAUUAUUACUGUAUUAUUAAUAUUAACAAAGAAGUUCAAUACCACCACCCCCUCCCCUUACACUUCCUUCUAAUUACUCCAUUUUGUAUAUAUCAUAUAUUUUUUCUCCUGAGCUAAAACUAUGUUAUACUUUUAGAUAAAACUUACAGGAGAGCAGGAAUAUGUUUCAAGUUUAGGCCAGCUAUGGUAACUGACCUAAUUGUAAAACCGUGCUGUAAUGAACCAUUCAGAUAUAUUCAGUUUAGAAAACUAUUGAAACAUCGCAACACAUGCUGUGAAGAUGUCUUUUUCAUACAUAAACAAAGUUCUGCAAAACUCCCUGCACAACUUUGGCCUUGAUGCAUAUAAUAGGUAUGUGUAAAUUACAUUUGUCUAUCAGCUUUGAAAAAAUCUUAACUAAGCGAUUAUGGAAUUGCUGUGGUAAUAAUGGAACUCCCAAGUCAGUAAUGCCCGAGAAUAGAGGUCAAGGGUAUUAUUUGAACAAUACAGUAAUAUAAAAAAAAUAAAAAAAUACAAGGUACUUUUUAAUGAAACUGUAGCAGAAAAACCUUUAACCCUGUUUCCAUUACCCACUCCACAACAAUGCCAUUAUACUACAUUAUAACUACAUUAUAAUGUAGUAUAAUGGCAUUGUUGUUUUAUAUUUAUGUUUAUUUACCUUUAUAUUAUAUUUAUUUACCUUUGUUUGUUUGAAAUAAUCAUUGUAGUCCACUGACAGUUCACUGGAUGUCCAUCACCACCAUGCAGGAUUUACCUUGCAAAGUCUACCCAGAAUGUAUACAAUCAAAUCAUCUGUUCAUCCACAGCUCAGAUGAACACUUAAUUUAAAAAAAAAAAAAAAAAAAACAUUUUAACUUAAUGAUUUUAUGGGAACUUGUGUUGACUAUAAACUUUUACAGUUUCAGUUGUCUUUUGUUCGGCUAGCCUGUACACGCAAUUAAAAAAUAAAAAAAAUAAUCAAUAAAAGCCUAAGCCUGUGACACAGUGACUACCUUCUGAUUCUAUGAAUGUAAACUGAUGAUGGGAAUGCUCAAGGAUGUUCUAGUGGGAAACUUGCAAAGGGAAAGGAGGCACAAGAUUUGCUAUCCACUUUUAUUGACACUGCAAGAGUUAU